AUGGGUACCCUGCGCGUGGUAAACUUGGCCGGGGACGAGGUGGUCAGUGUGGGGGCAGACGAGUUCACCGCCCUCGGCGAAGAGGUGUUUACAGCCUCUGAGCUCAAGAAGCGCAUCCGCGAGAAGUGUGGCCAUUCCACCUUCCGGCAGAAGCUGACACACCAGGGCCGCCCUCUUGCCGACAAGGACAACCUUUUCGCCCUGGAAAGUUGGGACGAGGAGGUGCAGCUUCUUCUUCUGCCACUGCAGAGGGGACGGGCUGAUGAGCUCCUCCAAGCCAUCCAGACUUGGGACUGGGAAUCUCUGGAGCAGAUCCUCAGCGAGCCUCAGGACCCGAAUGAGGCAGGGGAGCUCGAAGAACACAUGGGAACCACACCGCUGGUAGAGGCUGGUGAUGCCCUGGAUAUCGUCGAAGUCCUCCUGCAAGCACGCGCAGAUGUGAACCAAACGGGGCCCUGUGGGCAAACAGCCCUGACCAACGCUGUCGUCUGUGCUGGAGGGGCAGUGCAGCGCUUGAUUGAUGCCUCUGCUGACGUCAACUUGCCUGGCGCCUGGGACUUUGAUUGCUUUGGGCCACCGUUGUGGCAUGCUGCAUGGAAGGGGUCGGAUGGGUGGAUUAGAUCCCGUGCUAGCUACCGGGAUCGGGAUGAUGUUUACCUGCUUGCGGACGCGAAGGCAGAUCCCAAUUGGGCCUGCACAGAGGAGGACAAUGUCGAGUUCGGAUCUCGCUUUGAAGAGGACCUGAUUGUGGCCGGCACGACGCCGCUCGCGAUUUCAGCCACCUUGGGCACCCAUCAGAUGGCGAGCGCAUUCCUUGAUGUCAGGGCCGAUCCCAACAAGUUAGACCGUUGGGGCCGAUCACCGGCCCUGGUUGCUGCCCGAGGCAAUUCCGAGACAGUCCUUUGGGCCCUGUUCUCCGCUGGGGCUGAUCUUGACCUUGCGGACAACUGGGAAAGGACGCCGCUGUGGGUGGCUGCUUCCAUGGGCCAUACGAGGGCUGUCUUGACCCUGCUUCUAGCACAUGUGGACGUUGCCCGGGCUGACAACUGGGGCAGAACACCCCUCCAUGCAGCUCUAGAGCAGCAUGUGGCUCCGAUUGUCUUGGGCCUUCUCGCCUAUCGAGCUGAUGCGGAGCAGCCUGAUCGCCAGGGAAGGACUGCCAAGCAGAUAUUGGCUCAGCAACAUCACCCUCCGCCGGUCAAAAUGCUUAUAGAGCGGCAUCUUCAGUCUUGA